AUGAGGGAGGGAAGUUUCGGUGUUCGGAAACUGACAAGCAUCAUUGCGGCCGGUGCCCAAGCAGGUACUUGGACAAUUGAAGCAAUCUGCGGUGGUGGUUCGGCGCAUGUGGAACUAUCCGUUGGGUCUGGACCAGGUGCCACGACACCAGCGACACCUGCAGCAGAACAACACUCUGUAGAACUUAAGUUUGCUGACAGUAUGCGCAGGAGAUACAAACCUGGAUUACCAUUUGUUGGAAGGGUAGAAGCAGUGAGCACAGAGAAACGAGUUCGAGUCAGAGUGAAGUUAUACGAUGACGAAACUGAUAUAUACAGCCAGGAUAUCGACAUGUCAACGGGCGAGGGUGGAUUUAUUGUGCCCACUGUCAUGGCCGAUGCACCGUUUGUUAAUUUACAGGUACGUAUUUCAUAUAUGAAAGUUUUUGCUGUCAGAAACAUAUUCCAACAAAAGCUAGUUUUUAUCUCAAUGAAGAUUGAAUAG